AUGACAGAAGUGAACGUCAAUAGCGGCCAUGCUGCCACACGCCUUCGACGUCUGCUCGCGGAAAGCCCCAUUGUCCUCGCGCCAGGAGUAUAUGAUGGUUUCAGCGCGAGGGUUGCGCUGGAAUUGGGCUUCAACUGUCUUUACAUGACUGGCGCAGGUACAUGUGCUUCCAAACUUGGACAGCCCGAUCUAGGGUUCGCUACACUGAACGACAUGCGCGAACAUGCCGAGAUGAUCGCCAAUUUGGAUCCCAGCGUCCCACUUAUCGCCGACGCAGACACGGGUUACGGUGGACCGAACAUGGUAGCGCGCACUGUAGAGCAGUACCACCGCAGCGGCGUUGCCGCCCUGCAUAUCGAGGACCAGAUCCAAACGAAGCGAUGCGGCCAUCUAGGUGGUAAGGAGGUCGUGCCGCUUGAUGUUUUUGUGUCUCGCUUCAACGCCGCUGCUGCUGCUCGACGCAAGCUUGGUUCGGAUAUUGUCCUCAUUGCGAGGACGGAUGCGUUGCAGACACAUGGGUUUGAGGACGCGGUGAAGCGGCUGAAGGCAGCUGUCCAGGCUGGUGCUGACGUGGCCUUCCUCGAAGGCGUGACGACUAAGGAAGAGGCGGGAGAGGCGUGUCGUUUGCUAUCGCCCACGCCGGUGCUGCUCAACAUGGUCGAAAAUGGGGCCACGCCGUCGUGGACGCCUGCAGAAGCGAAGGAACUCGGCUUCCGCAUUAUAAUCUGGCCCUUUGCUGCCAUUGCUCCAGCAUACGAUGCUAUUCGCAAUACAUAUCGCCGGAUCAAGGAGACAGGGUCAACGGGGAUCAAUCCGGAGUUCACGCCUAAAACCCUAUUUACCAUUGUUGGUUUGAAGGAGGCUGUAGCUGUUGAUGUUGCCGCGGGUGGGACUCUGUAUGACAGAGUUUAG